GGCCAAACAGGCCUCUCUUUUCCAAAGAAACUGUCGGGGGUACUUUUUAAGCGCCUCGAUGUGUGGUGGAGAAUUUUCCUUGAAUUCGGACACUGCACAAGUGCACCAUAUACCCAACAAGACGGCAAGAUGGCUGCGCUUAGGGGUUUGCGGCAUGGACAAGCCGAUGAUACAACAACCAACGAUAUGGAGGAUCAUAGGAAGGAGCUCGCAUCACUUUCUCAAGAACUACAGGAAUUCCUUAAAAGGCACGGAUCGUUGAAUUAUAUUGGUUCUAAAAAGGUGCGAUGCAGCUUAACCGGGCAUGAGAUGCCCUGUAAGAUGACAGCCUUGGAGAGCUACACCAAGGGUAGGAAGUACCAGCGGCUACGAGAGCGCAGCUGCUGUGACUUGGAGAAGUACAAGCCCCACAUUAUACCCAGCCAGAAAAAGGGCCAUGUGCACCAGCUUUUCUGCACACUGACGCGGCGUCAUAUCAGCAGGGAGCCUGCUGACAUAGAAAGACAUGUAAAGGGCAAACGAUACAUGAGGGCCCUCACAAGAUACAAUGAGUGUCAGCGUCUGGGCGUGCCGUUCAAGCCCUGCAGUAAGGUUCCUCGCAUGGACCAACAGCAGCAGGAAUUGGACCACGGACCACGGGAAGGCAGCACAACGGACUCUGAGGCCUCCGAUGGGGAGACAGAUGACAGCAUGUCGGAUCUCUACCCAGCUGAAGACUUUGAGGAUGAACUCGAAGAUGCAGGAUUGGAAGAGGACAUCGAAAACAUGGCAGUUGGCGAUGCCAGCAAGAAUGCAGAACAAGUUACAGUUGGCAAAAAGCGAAAGAACCCAGGCUUUACUAAGAAGACCACGUUUAAGAAGUCAAAACAGCUUAAGUUGAACCCUGAACAGCAGCAGAUGUUUAAAGAUGCAAGAUGACUGCAACAGUGAGAUUUAAGAUUCUUACAUCUAUGGAAGAACAUACCUGAGCAGAUCGGAUCGAGAUCUGACCAUGUCUGGUUGGGGAAGUAGAAGCUUGGUCCUGAA